UCGUAUCAAACACACCGUGCGUUAAAGCCCGAAAAACCGGUGGUGUUGCCGAUGUUGCAGUUGCUUAGAGCCAGUUGAAUUAUAAUUUGUGUGUUACACAUCAUAAGUAUCUCGAGAAAAGCGGAAAAAAUUAUCUGUUUCCUUCCGUGCCCAAUUCAAAUCUCCAUCUCCCUGCAAUCUUUUGUUACUCGUAACAAUUACUUAUUCCGCAUUGAUAUUAUUCUGUUGCGAGCGAGCUACAAUGUGUGUGCGCAAAUGGAGGAUUAAAGUGUGGUCAAGGUGCAGCUGGUGUUUACUAGUGUUGCUACUGCUGCUACAAUGGCACUGCUCGGCGGGAUGUCCGCCACCAUCUGCAAAGUCAAAGGCGGGACCGGAUUUAAACGACAUGCUGGUGGAGGCCUGGCAAAGUAACCGACAGGACGACCGCAUCACCCUGGCGCGACUGGCCCCGAGCCCGGACGUAGCGGACAGCGUGACGUACCGGCCGCGACUGGGGAAGAAUGUGACCUUUAACUGCAGCGUGCCGGCCGACGUCGACUGGCGCGACGUGUCUUGGCUGCACCAGGACCGGACCGUCUACGAAGCCGGCCGACCAGUGGAAACCAGUCAAGACACCACGGGACAGUCGUACAACUUCACCCGCGUCAACAGCACCCUCUUCUUCUCCGUCCUCAACGUCAGCACCUGCGUCGGCGGCGCCGUCCUCUGCGUCGCCACCCCCUCCGUCCCCUCCAACUACUCGCCCCGCCCCCGCGUCUUGCAGCGCUACCAGCUGCUGCCGCUGAUUACGCGCAGCAGCGACGUCUUCGCCGCGCCCAACGCUAGUUACAUCACCGCCAGCGAAGGCGACGAUGUCAUGGUGCCGUGCUGGAUUCGGCUGCCCCUCCCGGAGGCCAUCCUGCGCAACAUGCGCAACCACUUCAUGGUGCGCCAUAACGGCCGCAUCGUCCGCGGCCCCCCGGAGGCCCCCUACGGGCCCCUCUUGCCGGCCAGCGUCCCCUCCAACCCCUGCCGGACCCCAUAAUCCUGUCCAACCGCAAAGAACGACCAGCGGACAGCCCCGGACAGGUGCCGCUGUAUAUAGGCUAUUUCGCGGCCGUCAAGCUGGCCGACCGCGGCGCGGUGGAGUGCUGGUUCCGGCCGCACCCUGGACUGCAUGAGUGGAUUGUGCACACGACGGCGCUGUUGGUUUUUCCCAAAAAUGACACUAACACAUAACAAUGCCGCCACUAUAUUUACGCCUCCUACCGGGCGGUUCAAUUUCCAUUAUAAUUAUUUCACUGUGGCUGCAAAUGUAAAAUCUUCAUUAUAUAGAUACGUACUUACAGUUUUUCUUGCAACUGCAUGAAUUUUAAGAAAUCCAAAUAAAUUACUACUCCAG